UGCUGGUCAACCGAGGACGCUUGUGCGUUGAUCGCUGACCUCCUUAGGCUUUUCUCCGAGUUCAUCAUCUCCUCUGCUUACUUCCGUUCGCCCCAACUGGUCCUUGAGAGCAUACCCCGUGACGGAGACUGCCGUUGUCACCCAUAUAUCUAUCCACCCACUACCCUCCUCCUUACCCCAGAUUCUCUUCUCCAUACCCCUCUUGUGUUUUAGUGCCGGUUUCCCCAAACAUCGUGUUAUCGCUAUACACGCUUCUCACUCUUGGGAGCCUCUAGCAUAUCUCUCCCGUACUUCCCCCGCCAUAUUGAUCACCGGCAUCUCUGUAUACAACUAUGUCCAAGACUUUCUCCAAGGCCGACGUCGCGUCGCAUAACAAGCCAGAUAACCUCUGGGUGGUUAUUGACGAAGAUGUGUAUGAUUUGACUAAAUUUCAGGAUGAACAUCCAGGUGGAAAGAAGAUCCUUACUCGAGUUGCCGGAAAGGAUGCUUCGAAGCAGUUCUGGAAGUACCAUAACGAAGGGAUUCUAAAGAAGUACAAGGGCAAGCUGCAAGUUGGAUCCCUGGACUCGAAGAAAGCUGCGCCGGCGCCGGCAGCGGAACCGGCAGCAGCCAAGGAGACCCCAAAGCCCCAGCCUGCAGCGCCAGUAGACGUCGCAUCGGCCAAGUCAUCCGAGCCCCAGGACCCUUAUGGCGAAUUGAUUCCCUUUGCCGAUCCCUCAUGGUAUCAGGGUUACGCUUCUCCAUACUUUAACCAGACUCACGCGGCUCUCCGCGACGAAGUUCGUAAGUGGGUUGAGACUGAAAUUGAGCCCUAUGCGACCGAGUGGGAUGAGGCCAAGAGCGUCCCCGAUCAUAUUUACAAACAGAUGGGUGAGCGGGGAUACCUCGCAGGUCUUUUGGGUGUCAAAUACCCUGUCAACCACACGCAGCAUCGUGUACAGUCGGUCGCGCCAGAAAACUGGGAUCUGUUCCAUGAAAUGCUUCUCACCGAUGAGCUGUCUCGUGCCGGCAGUGGUGGUCUAGUCUGGAAUUUAAUCGGUGGCUACGGAAUUGGCUGCCCUCCACUGGUCAAGUACGGCAAGAAGCCUCUUGUUGACAGAAUCCUUCCCGGAAUUUUGUCUGGUGACAAGCGCAUCUGUCUUGCUAUUACCGAGCCAGAUGCAGGAAGUGACGUUGCCAACCUGACGUGCGAGGCUAAACUCACCCCAGACGGCAAGCACUACAUUGUCAAUGGUGAGAAGAAAUGGAUUACCAACGGCAUCUACUCUGACUACUUCACUACUGCCGUUCGUACGGGCGGGCCCGGAAUGAACGGCAUCAGUGUCCUCCUUAUCGAGCGUGAACACGGUGGUGUGAGCACGAGACGGAUGGACUGCCAGGGUGUCUGGAGCAGCGGCACAACCUAUGUCACUUUUGAGGACGUGAAGGUGCCCGUGGAGAACCUCAUCGGAAAGGAGAACCAGGGCUUCAAGGUUAUUAUGACCAACUUCAACCACGAGCGGAUUGGAAUUGUCAUCCAGUGUGUCCGCUUUGCUCGUGUGUGCUACGAAGAAUCCGUGAAAUAUGCCCACAAGCGCAAGACCUUUGGCAAGAGACUCAUUGACCACCCUGUUAUCCGUAUGAAGCUCGCACACAUGGCCCGCCAGAUUGAAUCGACGUACAACUGGCUGGAAAAUAUUAUCUUCCAGUGCCAGUCCAUGGACGAGACCGAAGCAAUGCUCAAGCUGGGUGGCGCGAUUGCAAGUCUUAAGGCUCAGUCUACAACUACUUUUGAGUUCUGUGCUCGUGAGGCCAGUCAGAUCUUUGGCGGUCUGAGCUACAGCCGUGGCGGCCAAGGUGGUAAGGUUGAGCGCUUAUACCGUGACGUUCGUGCCUACGCUAUCCCUGGUGGAAGCGAGGAAAUCAUGCUGGACCUGAGUAUGCGCCAGAGUCUGCGUGUGCACAAGAUGUUUGGCAUGAAAUUGUAAACGAACGGACCUUCGGUUUUUUACGUAUUUUGAUUCCCCCUCUUUUAUUUUUCUUCUUCAAAGCUCUUUAGAUAUGAUUCUGGGGGGGGGUUUUUUGGGUACAUAGAGCCUGUUAUCAUUGGGUUCACCUGGCAGUUUUGACAUGUUGACCGAUUUGUGAAUCUCAAAUUCAAUGCAGUGUACUAUAUAAUUUUCGGGAAAUAGCUCUAAAGAAAACGACAUUCGCUAUUUAGCAUAUUCAACGCCCUAUGACUAGUAAAUGUAAAUGCCUAGCAUAGAAAUACUAACUUAAAUUUAUAAUAUUUUCGCAUGCUCGAUUAUCC